AAAAAAAUCAGACAACUUGGCAACAGCCCGAUCCUCCUUUUGACUCUAAAUAUUCGACACCUGUCACUGUCACUUUUAAAUUAACGUCAGUCAGCUGAUUGUCAAAGUCAUUCCAUAAACAAAUUUAAAAAUAAACAAUAAUUAAAUUAAUUUUUAAUUAUUAAGGGGCGGUGGGCAGGUUGGAUUUGUCCGUUUCCUUAGUCUUCCGGGUAUGACCGACACUGAAUCCUUGGAAAAAUGUUUGUUUAGUAAUAAUGUUUUGAACAAAAUUAAGAGUAUAAAAUGGAUGAACCAAAAGGCCAAACCCAAGGAACAAUACCAGCCUGCCUACAUAGAGCACAUUGCCAACAUAAUAACCCAUGCCAUAUGGAUCUUUCCGAGUUUCUUAGGUGCUCUUCAACUCUACCACAGAUCUGAGACAAAUUCCCAAUUAAUUUCAACAUUUGUCUAUGGCUGGACCCUGAUAUCCCUCUUUAGCAUCUCCACCCUAUUUCAUUGUGUGUUUUAUUGUAACAAUCACCAGACUUUAAAAGAUGUCCUGCAUCGCUGUGACCGAGCUAUGAUAUACGUUUUUAUAGCCGGAUCUUACUUUCCAUGGUUAACAAUAGAAAAUCUUCCAGAAAAAGGGGUCGCUUCCAAUAUGUACUGGGUGAUAUGGGUGAUGGCAGCCAUGGGCAUAAUUUACCAACAAAUCUUCCAUGAAAAGUACAAAAGACUGGAGAUUAUUUUUUAUCUUGUUAUGGGCAUAUGCCCGGUACUACCUAUUUUAUUUGAGCAUUACUUUAUGGGUAUGAUGGAGCUGAUCUUCGGUGGGGUCAUGUACGUUUUGGGAGUGGUAUUUUUUAAAUGUGACGGGGUCAUACCGUUCGCCCAUGCCAUUUGGCAUUUGUUUGUCGCUCUAGCAGCUUACGCCCAUUAUUAUGCUAUUUUAAAUUAUUUGUAUCCGAUUGUAAGUAAUACUCGAAUCCAUGUCUAACCGGUAGGUAGAUCUUUUAAUGUUGCUGUGAUUAUGUUUUAGCUCUCUAUAAAGUACGUUUUAUUUAUUUAGUAUUAUGUUUAUAUAAAGUUUUACAAGUUUAUUUUUGUGUGAACUUAAUAGUUUAAAUAAACGAAUUUAGUCUUUAAAA